AUGGCCUCACACGACGACGCGCCGCCUCCACCAUAUUCGGAGACGGACAUUUACUCACAGACUGCGGACAGCCACUCAACAGCUAGAAGUUCUACUGCAGCGCAGUCCACGACAACGUCGUCUCCCGAUGACGAGCUGAUCAUCUACACACCGCCUGUAUCACCUCCACCCUCCAUUACGACACGCGAACUUCAACAACCGAACACGGUCGCGGUUGAUGCCGGCCCCAGCCCUGGCGGCGGACUUGAGUUGGGCCCUGACAUUGCCACAUCGGCUGCAUCGGCCGCUGCCUACUUUGCCACACGGCCGGCUCCACCACCUUCGCCUGGAACUGAUUCGUUUGAUGAUGCCCAUGCCGAACACCAGUACUUUGUCUACGAUCUGCCACUGGCCAUUGCAGCAAAUACAUCACCAAGCGACCUUCCCUUCCCCGCUACCCAGCUUCUGCAGCGCGACGUGCGCGCCGACGACUGGUCGACGUUUGUGAGCUAUCUGCUGCCGCAUAGCCACCUGUCGGGGAAAGUCACAGAGGCCCACAACAAUGCUGUGAUUGACCGCAAGCUGUGCGCUGAAGAAGAUGACAAUUCACCGUCGACAGCCCAUCUGGAAUGGCUGCGGACGCAGCGUGACAGUGCAUCAGACGGCAUCCAGCUCAUCGACAUGGAAGCAAACGAUCAACCACAUUCGACCCCGACAACUCCGUCCGUGUCUUCAGCUCUCUCCCGCCAGCAGCAGCUCGAGGUCGCCGCGUCGUUGCGGCAGUGGAACGAUGGGUUUUUUGGUCCCCGUGGUGUCAUCGUGCGCCUGCGUGACGACCUAAGCGGUGCUCGCCAUGACCAUCAGAUCCCAGCACAGCAGUGGACUCCGUCGCCGGUCGACACAGCCGCCGCUGCAUCCUUGGCUGCCAGUGACUCGUCUCGACCAAACACUAUGCGGACGCCAAUCAGUCCCCCGGCAGCUUCACAAGUACCAGCAGAUGCUCCCCGCCCAGGCGCACUGUCAUUUGCUGGCAUGACGGUGGAUGGGGACCGUGUUGUCUUUGGUAACAACCGGUUUGUGGCCGACCGUACGGGCCUGCGGAUUGGCGGUCUUGUGUUUGACGAGCGCGGCAUCAGCUACGGCAACCGCACCAUUAUCCCAGCGGCACCUCCGCCGCCGCCACCACCACCGGGCAUCCAUGUUGGUCUUGGUAUGCCAGGCUCUCGUGGUAGGUCUGUUGAUGCAAAGUACGGUGGUGUAGCAGCGGCAAAUGUCGUCCCUCCACCCCGCCGCCGAGGAUCGAUCUCGUCAACAACGUCGUCGUCGUCCUCUUCCUCCUCCUCGUCGUCCUCCUCCCAGUCAAGCUCGUCGUCCGACUCAGGCUCUUCUUCCAGUGAGUCCGCCGCCUCGGUCGGCUCUCUGCCGCCUUACAACAAGCUCGACGACCGCCAAUUGCCUGCGGCUCACGCCUAUCUUCAGCAGUGGCUCAAUCACCCAGACCAGCCGAUUACCCGUGACGACGUAAAGGCGGCUAACGAAGGCAUCCGGUCCGUCGACGAACGGGGAGCACCACCCGCCUACCCCGGGCCCUCAAUGCCGGGUCUAACAUCUGGGCCCGUGCGAGCUGUCAGUCAACCGGCUGAGGCAGCGGCACUCCGUGUCGAAGUGAAGAACAUGAUGAAACAGUGGAAGGAGCUGAAGCGUCGCCAAAAGCAAGUGUACCGCCAACAGCGCCGGGCUCGCAAGCAUAUGCGGAGACAGCGCAAGCAUGAGCGGCGCCAGGCGAAGCGCCAGGGCAGACAAGAGCGUCGACAGUUGCGGCAGCUGCAUAAGCAGGAGCGGCGAAAGGAGAAGCAGUUGCGCAAAGAGGGUCGACGGCAGGAUCGCCGGAGCGGCAACGGUCCAGUGCCUGUGACAACGAUCCCAGCUGUCGGCGGCGGAUAUGGGACGCCAACAGCCGGCUCCGCAGAACAUGCUGCUCACAGCCACCAUGGUCGCCAUAGCCACCAUGGCCGCCAUAGCCACCAUGGCCGCCGUGGCCGUCACCACCAGCCGCACCACCAUACGCACGACCCGCAUGGCCACCGCUACGACCGACACUACGAUGCGCAUGGAGACAACGAGCCAUUCUAUGCUGCCGGCACACAGGUGCCGGGCGUAUAUAAUGGUCACGGCGUUCCAGGUGUCCCUGGAAUCCCAUUCCAACGAGGCCCUCCUGGCCCCAACCCUGCCCGCAUUGCACAGCAGAUUGGCGACGCUAUGGCAGCUCGCUUUGGCAAUCGAGGUGCUGGUCUCGGUGGCGGUCUUGGUGGGGCUGUCGCACCUCUACUAGGCAACAUGUUUGGCCGUGGUGGAGGCGGAUUAGGUCGUGGCCGUGGCGGUGGAUGGGGCGGCCCGGGUGAUGGCCGGGGUGGUGGCAGUAGUUUCGGCGGAUUUGGCCGGAGCCGUGGUUUCGGUUGGACUGCAGAACCUGACGCAGAGCUCGAAGUCCCAGCAGUAAGCCCCAGCGCUGGUGGCCCGCCAGCACCACGGUAUUCGGACAACACCUCGCCCGCCACUGUGUCCACGGCCGCGCAAAAGUAUCGCGCGGCCGAGGAGGCCGAGCAGACCAUGGCGGAGAAACAGGCGGAGCUUGCCGAGAUGCAACAGAAUCUAGAACGGAUGAUCAAUGCACGGGGCGAGCGUGGCGAGGAGGAUCCCAAAGUACAGGUUCAGCGGCGCGAGACCGAGCAGCUGGUGAACGAACUGGAGAUGCUGGCACAGCACGUUGAGCUGCUCCGCAUCGAUGCAGACCAGACUUAUGCCCGCGAACUAGAAAAGAAGGAAAGGCAUUAG